CGGAAGUGACGUUAGGGUCCACCCGGAAAACGGCACAAAUAACAGCUGCUGCAGCUUUGGCCUUCCUCGACACCUCGCCGCAGAUUUAUCGACAAGGAUCAGGUGAACAGAAUGGCCACUGACUGGUUGGGGAGUGUUGUGUCGAUAAACUGUGGACUGACUCUGGGAGUUUAUCAGGGAGAGGUGUCAUCAGUGGAUCACGCCAGCCAGACCAUCUCACUGAGACAGCCCUAUCACAAUGGGAUCAGGUGUCCUGUUCCUGAGGUUACUUUCAGUGCCAUGGAUAUCAAGGAGUUGAAGAUCCUAGACAUCCAGAAUACAGUCAACAAGCCCAUCUCUGUCCAGGGAGCCGCAGCAGAAGCCGGGUCCAUAUCUUCAGGACGCCAUGGUCAGAGUAACAGAAUCACUUCGACUCAUGCAACAAGCAGCAACUCUCAGUCCAGCACUGCUCCAAUCACCAUCCUACGCAGAGGUAGGUAUAUGGGUUUACAUUAGCUCAUUUGCUAAUGU